AUGCGUUCACGAGCCCAAUCGUCCUCUCCGCCUCGACAGCGGAGGGCUUUACAAGAGCGAACGUCCGCCCAUACGAAUGAGAGAUCGCCCACGCGGUCAUUGCGGAUGGUUUGUGAGAAGGAGGAUGUGGAUGAUGUGGAUGUGUAUACGGCCACACCCUUCCCGACAAAACCGGAGCAGAUUUUCCUGCCUGCCCCCGGCAAAGGACAGCAGGAAUACCUUCCAGAUACACGGUUUAUGCCGGGGCCUUCGACAGCUACUUGGUCUCCGACUUCCACCAGUUAUGGUGCGCGGAGCAGCAUGCUGGAACACUCUACCAGCGAGACUUGGGAUGUUUCAUCCACUGUUGAUACCGGAGACAUGUGGGAAGAUGAUCCAAAUCUCACAUCCAGCAAAACCUCUUUACCGAGGGCGUCGUCGUCUAAGACCGUCGACAGUUUGACGGAAGAGGACUCUGGCUCCGAAUAUUCAGAUGACGAGAUGCUCGUUCUGCCCACAGCUACGCCAACCAUCAAACCGCAAACUACCAUUGGCAGCUCCAGUCCGAACGUGGUGGCCAUUGGAGUUCCAUCAAGCCCUAACUUCAUGACUCUCAACAACUCAAGCGCCAAUUUUUACUCCCGGGGCAGAUCCUACUCAUUGACGGAUCCACGGGCAAACUCGCUUUCUUCAUACAACUCGCACGGGACUGUUGUAAGACACCCCGGCGCAGCCCCGUGGAUCUAUACGGCCUCGUCGGAGCAACCGAGUUCAGGCUCGCAGUCUUUCCGAUCAACUCCACCCUACCAGUCCGUCACAUCCUUCCGCUCGUCGUCUAGACGUCCUUCUGGUAGUGGUAGUAGCCGAUCACGCUCUGGAACUACAUCCUCGCGCAGUAUGCGCUCGGUAGCCGACCUCGCUGCGGCAAUUGAAAGCGGCAUCCAACUUCAGUAUCCCCGGAUUCGUGCUGCGUCGUCCAGUUCCCGGGCAGAAACAUCCGUUUCCACAGAUCAUCGCCGAGAGUUUACACCCGGCCGGGACUUCACUCCCGGUCCAGCCUCUGGCCGUUGGAAUCCUCAUCUGUCUCGAGUAUCUUCUGUUUUCUCCGCAGAGGAAAUCAUGGCCCAAACACCGCCGCCAGAUGGACCUUCAGACAACACAAGUGAACCCGCCGCACCAGCAGCGGCAUUGGUGAAAACAAAUACCAGAUCCACCGUGUGGCUUGUUCGGAAGUCUGAAGAAGACCUGCGCCAGGACAGCCUGACAAGCCUCUCCGUCCGCCCUGGCUUGCCCUCCAGUCCCUCCUCCGGCUCGAAGAGAAGCGACAGCUCCCGCAGCGUCAAACGUCCCGGGACAGCCACCAACACAAUCAUGCACAUCCUGCCCGCCUGGGCGAAAAUUUACUACCGCGCCGAUGGAAUGGGCCUCAAUUCCGCCUUAAACAUGUCCGUGUGGGACCUCAGCCGACCAGGCUCUCGGCCCGGGACAGGCAACUCCAGCAUCUUCGGUCUGAUGCCCUCCCCACUCAACAUCCCUCGCCCACGGUCUCCAGAAAGACCGCGUUCCCCCGAACGCGCUCGGAUUACCCAACGGCGCGUGGACAGCGAUCCCCGCGACCCGCGCUCCCACUGGGUUCCCGGGCCGGAUCCCCAAGAUAUCGAGAUCGUGGGCACGCCGCGCAACCGCCUGCGCCACAGCUGGUCUCCGCAUCUGUAUCAAGACAGACGCCUGAUUCAGUAUUCAUCCACUGGAUGGAAGGCCCCGUCAAUAGACACAACUACGGAGCCGACGUGGAGCCGGCGCAAUAUCCAAGUAUACGCCUUUUGCGUCGGCUUCCUCUUCCCGUUCUCCUGGAUCAUCGCGAGUUUCCUCCCACUGCCCAGGCAGCCCAAAAUGCUGGGCGAGAAGAGUGAUCCAGAUACAGACGUUGAGUCCGCGCUUGAGACGCAGUUGAUGAGUCUGCAUCACCGGCGGUAUGAGAACGCGCGCUGGUGGAGGAAUCUUAAUCGGUGGAUGGUGUCGCUGGGUGUGGUGAUUUUCGUCGUUAUUAUCGCUCUCUCUAUUAUCGGUACUACCAACGGCUUUUGA